ACGGAUGCGCACCUGAGACGCGUUUACCCAGCGACUGAAGACUAAACGUCAAGGUAUCACGGCAUGCGCCAGUUUCCCGGAAUCAAGUCCCCACCUUUUGCAGUGAUUGGAAGAACCCUGAAACGCAAGCGCCUGAAAGCAGCUUGCCUCGCGUACAGACCUGUGGAGCGAGAGAACCAUCGCGAAUUUCAUGACACGUAUUCGAAGCCGGAAGGAACUCGAUCGAAGAAGACCGUCGCUCCCUUUCCUCCCUUUAUCUCUUUAUGCGUAAUUUUCUGAAUUUAUUUUGAAACCAGCAUGAAAUGAUUUCCCUCAUCAUUUUUCGAUAUUUUGUGAUUUAACCCCUUCCCGUGCCAUUUAGCUCGACGAAACUCGGCCCAAGCGGUAGGCAUUGACGCGCGCUAAACAGACCAGACUGAUGCUUGUAAACAGUCGCAAUACGAUCCGAAAUGUAGAAAUCAGUCCGCGAGCUCGGCUUGUUAUGUUUACGUUUGGCCCAAGUAUGUGUUCGCGAGUCUGACUCGCGAUAUUUAUGUUUGGCCCAAAUAUCUCUUCGCGAGUCAGACUCGCGAUGUUUAUGUUUGGCCCAAGUAACUGUUCGCGAGUCAGACUCGCGAUAUUCAUGUUUGGGCAAAAAUCUUCAUCGCGAGUCUGACUCGCUAAAGUACGGGAAGGGGUUAACGUUAAAUCACAUACGAAUGACAUUUAAAUGAUGUUGUUCGCUAUUCUGUAUCUUGAAUAAUCGAGCCGAACAUGGCGCGAAAAUCGUUUUAAAUUUCAGAUAUUCGCUCUCGAGUUCUUUCACACAGAGGUGAUUCGGUAUUGAUGUCAAAGUAUCCUGCGUAUUUUUUCGGUACAUCUGCGAAUAAUAUGACGAAUGAAUGAUUAUAUAAUGAUGUGAUAAAUUACACACACAUACACACACACACACACACACACACACACACACACAUUAACAGAAUUUGAAGGUAAAUCGUGUCUUAAAUCACACCUUUGAAAACUUACCAUCCACAGUCACUUCAAUUCAGAAGAGAGAAAGAGAGAGAGACGGAGAGAUUUUAUUUUCGUUUUUUAUAUAAAAAUCGUGACGCGAAAGAUUUAGCACUUUAGAUUCUCGUCCGUUACUCGUGCCAUUUGUCAUUACGUUUAAUCAGCAAAAAUAAAAUGCUGAACUGCGUUGACACGGAAGAAUGAGCAAUUUCUUACCUCAGCACACCUGUAUAAUAAAUCACGAAUGUUUAACCGCGUCAUUUGCUAUGUGGCGUGAGCUUCUAAUUUUAGCUGAUUCCCUUUCGACGAACAGGACAUCGCGAGGCUGAAAGAGUCAAGGAUGGAGAUUGGGAACUUUGGGGUGCGUGGGUUACGAAAUUGCACGUGUGCAUCCAAUUAUGGUGCCAAGACGACAGCACCUUCAUAUUUGAGGCUCCCGUUUUCUUGCCGUGGCUAUAUCGAAUUAUGACGUCAGAAGUGAGAGAUCAUGCAAAUUCUCUCCUUAUACUAGUGAUUAAAAUAUACAUAUAUAUAUAUAUAUUAAAAAAGGCCAUUCUUUGAGAUACACGAUGGUCUCAUGUAGUGUGUUGAGAAAGCGAGCGUAAAGUAAACCUAAUUAGACUACAUAUUAAAGAUUCGAUCUCAAUCUCGGCUCGUUUCACCCCAAUACUCUAUAGUUCUAUAACAUUAAAGGGAAAAACGAGACACAAGGAUACAUUGAUAUUGUAAAUAUAUCGUCUACAAUGUCACCAGCGAAUGUAAUAAAAUCCCAACUGAUUGCAUCUCAUCCUCUUUUCCCUUGCGAUUAAAUGCGGCGUAACGUCAUCAUUUUUUGCUCAAAACACGCGAUCCACGAGGAUGAAGGAUCUCUUGUUAGCGAGAGAGAGAACCGGUUGAACGUUGUGUUUUAGCAUGAAAAGAAGCACUGUUGUAGAACAGAGUUAGGAGUAGAAUAUCGGACACCCGAUCGCGCGAUGAGGCCCCCCCACCCCUCUCUCCUCUUCUUCUUCCAUCGUCAUCAUUGCGAGCGUGGCGACGUGAGCUAGUCUGGUCAGCAGAGUGGGUCCGGCUGAUGCGUAAGACAUCAAACCAAGUAUUAUCACUUACAUGCGUUAUUAAUCCCAGAUGUGUAUUCGUUAAUUAGUCACUGGUGUGACGUAUUCGCGCGCAGACGUACCGCGUCGAUGCGGUCGCGAGUGUAGGGCGGUUUUCCGAACAAGAGAGAGAGAGAGAGAAAAUCCUGGAUCGGAAUUUAGUGAAAGGAAUGCGAGAUUACUUUCAUCAUACAGCUUCGCGGUGCAGCGGACCACUUGUUGGGCACGCCCGUUGUGUUCAAUGUCGAAGUAGUACUGCGACGGCAUUCGGUUAAAAGAGAGAAGCUUGCCUGGAAAAGUUCGUAGAUACAGGAAGAUACAGACGCAAAGAUGGACCUCGAGGAGGAUUCGUUGCAGGAGCGCCUGCUGAAUGUUUAUGACCCUACCUCGAACGACAAACAAGUCCUCUACAGACUUCUGCUGAAUGCCAUACGGUCCAAGGACUACCGUACCUUUAAAAACAUCAUAGAGUACAACUUGAAGAAGCAACCGCCAGUUUUAGAUGUCAAUUACGUAUUCCCGAAUCACUACGAAGAGACGUGCCUCGAUAUAGCCAGCCGAAACGGCUUGACGGACUUUGUGAGUUAUCUGCUGUCCAAGGGGGCGAGAGUAAACAGGGUAAACGAGGCGCACAAUCGCGCGGCCAUACAUUUCGCCACCGAGAACGGACAUGAACGGACCCUGGCAGCAUUGCUGACGCAUUCGACGACGAAUGUGAACCUGGAAGCGGGACAGCAGACCGCUCUGCAUAUCGCGGUGCGGCAGGAGAAUCUAACGUGUGCCAGACAGCUACUGGAGGGAAGAGCCAGCGUCAAUAUUCCCAACAGCAGGGGUCUCACGGCUCUCCACAUGGCGGCGAUGAAUGGACAGCGCGAGAUGGUACGACUGAUCUUAGACGUGUGCAAACAGUGCCCCGACCUGGACAGCUACAGGGACUACAAUGAUCAGACGACGCGGCAAGUCUUGCGAGAGAACCUGCCGGAUUUGCCGUUGCCGCCGAAGCGCGAGGGCAGAGAGGUGAACGCGCAGGAUCUCAAGUACUACCUGACCGCCAACGACGAGGUGAACUUCCUCAGGAGCCUGGAGACCGUCAAGCCGCAGAUACUCCACGGUGUGGCCGAGGAUCUGCUGGAGAUGGCCGCGCAGCACAAUUUCCUCAACGCCGUGGCGGGAAUUCUGAACGGGCUUCAGGGCAGCAUAUUCAGCGUGAAGAGAGCCGCGCAAGUGGCGAUUCGGCAGGGUUACCACUGUGUUCUUCGGCAACUGCUGAACGUGAAGCCUGGAGUGGCGAGCGAUCUGAUCCUGGACGCCUCCUUGGAGCUGGGGAUGCCCGGCCGACACGGCGUCGACAGUACGUCCGAUCGGCUCGAGUGUCUCAAGUUGAUCAUGGAGCAGGAGAACGUGGACGUUCGUUGCGCCGAUGAUAAGGGCAACACCCCGCUGCAUUACGCAGCCAGGGCGGGCUGUCACGAAGCGGUGACUCUGCUCUUGGAACGCGGCAGCUACAUCGGCCACAUGAACAAAUUCAACGUGCCGCCCGUCGCGGACAUCUCGGCGAGCACGCUGUCGCGAUACUUGGACGACUGUUUGCAGACACGGAAAUGUCGUACGAACGAGUACACGAUCGAAUUCGACUAUCGCUGCCUGAUGCCGCACGUCGACGGAUCGACGGACGGCGCGCAUCGACCUUAUCGCGAGAUGGAAGUGUUUCAGUACAUCGCCUGCAACAACUGUCUCAAACACCUGCUCAAGCACCCGCUGCUGUCGUCCUUCCUUUACCUCAAGUGGCACAGGAUACGGCAUUUUCUAUAUGUCAAUUUCGUCUUCUACACAAUGUUCUACCUCCUGUUGAACGCCUACAUCCUGAGCAUGACGCGCCACGGCUCGGCGAGUGAAAACAAAACUGUGGACGAUGGUAGCCCCGCGACGUUGAACGGCAGCUUGAAAAUCGCCUUCUGGAGUUACGAGGACUUUCUGCAUCCUUUCGUCAGUGCGAUGUUGCUGCUAUUCGCCUGCCGGGAGAUGUUGCAGCUCUUCUCCUGCCCCAGGAAUUACUUCAGCAGUCCGCAAAAUUUGCUGGAACUCGCGCUGAUCGGCAUGACUCUCUCCGUGCUGUGCGGCGCCGGAUCCGUACUCGCUUCGUUGGUUAUCCUGUUGUCCGCUUGGAACCUGGUGCUUCUGAUCAGCCAGCAUCCCCGCAUGUCCACCGGCGUCGAGAUGUUUCGCACGGUGUCGUUCAAUUUCAUACAGUUCCUCUUCCCGUACAUCUUCCUCAUCCUCGCCUUCGCUCUCGCCUUUUACACGCUCUUCAAGGACGCCGACGACAAGUUUCCCGAUCCCGGCCACUCAUUCUUCAAGACCAUCAUCAUGCUUACCGGUGAAUUCGACGCCGCCGAUAUAUCGUUCGAGUCGCACCCGCUCUGGAGCCACGUCGUCUUCGUCUUUUUCGUAUUCUUCAUCGCAAUCGUGCUGUUCAAUCUGCUCAACGGCCUGGCGGUCAGCGACACCGCCGAGAUUCUCUGCAAGGCCGAGCUCGUCGGCCUCAUCUCCAGGAUACAUUUGGUCACUUACGUCGAGCAUGUGGUUUUCGGCAAGCUCUUCAGACACUGGCUGUGCCGGAAUCAGUUCAAGUGUCUCACCAAGCGGAUCCUAUUGUUCCCGAAUUAUUUGGCGGACGGCAAAAUCAGCAUCAAGCCUUCCGACAAUUUGGACGCUUACGAAAACGACAGGCGCUGCAUCAAGUACGCUCGCGGCGACUCGAUCAAGAAGUACAAUCGUUGGGCAACUUUGAAGAUGGAUCCUGGCAUAAUUAAGAAAGCUAAACGGAUCAUCUGCGAUAAGAAACAGUUAUCGGACAACGAGAGAAUAAUGAUCACGUUGGGCAAGCUGCAGGACAAGUUGACGAUUAUGGAGGACGCUUUGAAUACCAUCAAGUUUGCAGUCGAGAAUAACAAUGUCGAUAACACAAUAGAACAUGCGGCAUAGAAUAAACACAUUUUAAUUAUUUUAUUUUAUGGACGCUGUUCGCGCGUUCACAAGACUUGAUUCCAUAAAAUAAGUAAUCUAAAUAUCGUGUAAGCUUGUAUUUCACUAAUAAACCGAUGUGGAGCGAUCAAUAACAAACAAUUCUGCUAAAUAUAUGCAGCAUUUUAUUACGUUAAAUGUGUAGACUUGGCUAAAAUACAUGUAAACGUGCUUUCUUAAUUUUAUUACUAUCCCGACUGUUUACAUUGUAAGACAUACAAAUGUAAAUGUUACGCGUGUUUUUAAAAUUAUACAAUCUUACAAUUUUCUCUUACAAUUUGUACUGUUACAACCAUAAGCAAAUCUUUUAUAAUUCUAAAGAUCUAUUUGUAAGGAGAGUAUUGUUUUUGUUAAUAAAUACAAUCAACGUUAACAAGCAGAUACGUUGUUGUAGUCAUUGCAAAUAUUAAUAUGAUUUCUGUCGUGUGUGUAUAGAAAAUAAAUAAAAUUCUUCUCGA